GCCGCGUUCCAAACAACUCGGAACUGGGAACUCGGAAAUCUCUGACUUCAGUGCGUUUAAAACAACUGGGAACUCGGGAAAAAACGCGCUCCGACUGGCAAAAAUCUAUUUGAACGGUCAUCCAACUUGGAAUUUCAACUCGGAAUUUCUGGCAUCUUUCUAGAGCUCUGACUUUACGACCUGAAGAUCACUGAUGUUAUGAUUUGACCUUUGACUUGGAAUUCCGAGUUGGAUAACCGUUCAAAACGAGCUCGUUUUUUUUCCUCCGAGUUCACAGUUGUCUUGAACGCACUGGAGUUGGAAGUCAGAGAUAUUCGAGUUCCCAGUUGCUUUCAACGCGGCAUUCGUCUCAGUGAAUUUAUUUACGGCCGCAGUGGUUAUCUUGCUAGCGGGUUAACAUAACUCAAAAUGGACUGAGAUAUGCGGAGCAAAUAUCACACAAGAAAGCAAGUUCCAGCAUUGCUCUACGAAGCCCGCAACUGCGAGGAUGUUCCCCGGCCUGGCACAGAGACCAUGGCAAGUAUUCUGCAGGGUCUACCGGCAGCACAGAACCCCACUGUCACAACGACCCCACACUGUUGCCCGACCAUGUCACGGGUGGCAGAAUGGAGGGAUGCACAAUCUGUGGUUCAGCCUCCCUGACUUCCGUGUAGCCGCUCUAACAACAAGCCGUGUCCAGUACUAUUCUACCUCCAGCAGCAGUAAGGAUGGCCUCCCUCCUCCUACUACACAAGGACCAGACAGUACGCCUACUGUGGAGAAGGUGCUAGCUGGGGCUGCACAACUCUCCUCAGACUCCCCAGGGUCAACAACGCCCCAAGGUCUGACAAAAACUGAGACAAUUCAAGUGAAAGUGCGGGCUGUGCUUAAGAAGAGGGACUAUGGAUCCAAGUACACCCAGAACAACUUUAUCACUGCAGUCAGAGCUAUGAACGAGUUCUGUCUCAAGCCAAGUGACCUGGAGCAGCUAAGGAAGAUCCGUCGACGCAGCCCACACGACGACACUGAGGCAUUCACUGUAUUCCUGCGAUCAGAUGUGGAAGUCAAAGCUCUAGAUGUGUGGGGAAGUCCUGAAGCCCUUGACAGAGAGCGGAAACUCAGGAAAGUGGAGGAGAGAGAGUACGAAGAGAAUAUUUUCCGGAAUCAGCAGCUGCUAAAGGAGUACAAAGAUUUCUGGGGAAACACAAAGCCCCGAUCAGGCAGCAAUAGGGCGACAUUUUCACAAGGGCCGGGGAAGGUGGUGAUGGUGGCCAUAUGCAUUAAUGGACUGAAUUUCUUCUUCAAGCUCCUGGCUUGGGUGUACACUGGAUCAGCCAGCAUGUUCUCAGAGGCCAUUCACUCCCUGGCUGACACCUGCAACCAGGCUCUUCUUGCAAUCGGCAUCAGCCAGUCUGUCCGGAACCCUGACGCUGUCCACCCGUACGGCUUCUCCAACAUGCGCUACAUCGCCUCACUCAUCAGCGGCGUGGGCAUCUUCAUGAUGGGAGCGGGUCUCUCUUGGUACCACGGCAUCAUGGGACUGCUGCACCCACAGCCAAUCGAGUCUCUGCUUUGGGCUUACUGUAUCUUGGCAGGAUCUCUGGUCUCAGAAGGAGCAACACUGCUAGUGGCCAUCAAUGAAAUUAAAAAGAGUGCUGGCCAGCAAGGAGUGUCCUUCUAUGAAUAUGUGAUGCAAAGCCGAGACCCCAGCACUAAUGUGGUGCUGCUGGAAGACUCUGCUGCUGUGCUGGGAGUGAUCAUGGCCUCAAGCUGCAUGGGGCUCACCUCGCUCACAGGUAACCCGCUGUACGACAGCCUGGGCUCUCUGGGUGUGGGAACCCUACUGGGCGUAGUGUCAGCCUUCCUCAUCUACACAAACACGGAGGCACUGCUGGGACGCUCCAUCCAGGCCGAGCACGUCCAGAAACUCACGGAGUUCCUGGAGAAUGAUCCCGCUGUCCGGGCGAUCCACGAUGUGAAGGCCACAGACCUGGGGCUAAGUAAAGUGCGCUUCAAGGCGGAGGUGGACUUUGACGGGAGGGUGGUGACACGCUCCUACCUGGAGAAGCAGGACAUCGAACAGAUCCUCAACGACAUCCAGCAGGUGAAGACCACUGAUGAGCUGGAGAACUUCAUGCUGAAGCACGGUGAGAACAUCAUCGACACCCUGGGGGCCGAGGUGGACCGCCUGGAGAAGGAACUCAAGCAACGCAAUCCAGAGGUACGGCACGUCGACCUGGAGAUUCUAUAACACUACGGAUCUACACAGGGAAAGUUGUGCUACAACAAGAAGGGGGGGGGAGAGCCAAGCUGACCUCUGCACUCUGCUUAUCUCCCUCCCACUGUCUCCCAUAGUCUCUAACCAACUCAUCAGAAGAAGUCUUACUGUAGAAUAGCCCUGCAUCACAUAAGCACCAGACACACGUGCUGGGACAGUGUUGAUUUAUUUAGACAUGGUUGUAGUGCGUUGUCACUCUCAGGCAGUGGAUGUACAGUUACCUUUUUGAAUAUAGUUCUCAUUCGUUGACUUUUGUUCAUGUUUCUGCACAAAGAAAAAGAAGUGUGUUGAAAAAUCAUGUCUUUGGACUAUUCAGAGUCAAAUGGACCAGUAUCAAUAAGCAGUUCUACAUGAAGCUACAUAGAACCACACUCCCUCUGCAAAAAUUCCCUUAUGAAUGCAAAUAAUUAUACAAGUGCUCUUGACAAAAGCAGCAUAGAAGAGUUUACUUGAGUAUAAGUUUGAAGUAUGUAGAGAAAGUAUAUAUAUUUUUUAUUUAUAUUUUGGGACAAGUACCUAUGCGCACUGCAAAGCUGGCAUCUCACCAGUUCAUUGAUUGGAAUUUUGAAUUAGUGAUGACUAGAUUGCGUUCCAAUAACAAUGUUAUUGGUAGCAUAUACCAUUGAUGAAAGAAGAGUUGUUCAAAAGUGUUCUAAGAGUUAGUGAUUUUAUAUGUUUAAAAGAGUAAGCUGACUGAUCUUGAAUACAGUAGCACUUAAUGAGAAAUCAAACCAGUUGCUGCUGGUGUAUCAGGCACCCUUAAAGAUGCAUCAUUUCCAAAUUCAUCCAGUUGUAGGCAGUAGUGUCCCUUGCUCUUACCUCGCUCCCUUUUGCUAGCACAGCUGACCUCUGCGUGUUGCUAUGAAGUUCUGCAAACGUGGGGACGGUCACUCGUUUGCUCUCUCAGCGGGCUUGUCAGCAGACGACAGAUUGUGUGUUUUGCUCCAAAGAUGAAGUGGUCUUCGGACACCCAGACCGAACGAACGUCCCCUCCUUUACCAGUGUAAAUAAUAGUGGGCUGUCGGUAGCCAAUUUGUUUCUGAGCCUUUUGUGAAAUAAUAAAACUCUUAAUGUUUUACCGUGGACAGUUCAGUGUAAAAACUAAUAAGACCAGGACAAAUAAUACAUAAUAUUAAUGCUCUGACUAUCCAUAAAAGAUUGUGAUGUUUGUACAGCCGUUGUCCCAACUUUGACCUUCCCAGCUUGAUAUUUCUGCUCCAACCUGGGGUGUAUUCAGUGAGGUAAAACAUUCACAACGUUGCAGAUAGAAAUGUAAUGAAUAGAGCUGACACGAUUCCUAUUCUAUAUGACAGAAAAUCAUAGCUGUGCUAUACAAUUAAUAUCUGUCUGAAUGUUCUGUAAAAUGUCACCCUCCUGAACAGACUUGUUGCAUUCAGUGACUGCUUUUCUUUGAAGUCUGUGUUUAUGUAACAGACAGUCUGGCCAAUAUACAGCAGGUUGCAGAGACACAGCUGUAAGCUUAUACCCCAAUGGUGAAUACAUACUCUGCUUUCUUUAGAGGUGGCCUGGAGUUGUUUCUGUUUUGUCGGGGGUGGAUAUAUUUUUAAAUGUGUUCAUUGAUUAUGUAAGAUUUCCCUUUGGUUAUAGAACAAUGGAAUAACUGCUGAAGGACUUAAAAUAAAUAAAUACAUUUAUGAACAUCUA